AUGCAGCACAAGAAAAAAGACAAAUCCCAGGUGGAUCAUUCCAUCAAUUUCAUUCAGGAACACCAUUUCAAGGACACAUUUGCAUUACUGGUUGUAUUUUUGAGCUUUAAUCAUUUUGCUUCGCUAUGUCUGCUAUCGUUGUUUAUCGUCACAACUAAAUCGCGGAACUUCCUGGCGACCAGCUUCAUUAGACUGUUUCUCUCAAAUCCAACGCGCGCAAAAUCAUGCGAUCUUCGCAGCAUGCGCGCCCAAAACACAAAAAACUUCAACACCAAACCGGACCCUUUACCUCACGGCGAUCACCAGAACUCGGGUCAUGAAUCUCAAUUGCAUACCGACGAAUCAACUUCGAGACACAGUACUGUCUUUCCUCUCAAUUUUUCUCCUUUUUUUGCACUUGAGCUUGUGCUCGCAGGAAUUCUCAAAGCAUACGCAAGCCAGUAUUUUGCUAGACCUAUUGAAAAUUUGGCAUUGUCGAUUAUUGCAUCGUCGCUCAUCAAUGAUCCUAGAGAUUGUUUGAGCUACGCAACUUCAUGUUCUAUUCUGUAUGGGCUAGCAAUGAAUUUGUGCCACCGGGUAGGAUCCUUUCUAAAUCUGAAGCUUUUGCCUGACUACAUGGUGCAAAAUACUUCUCUACAUCAAUGGCAUAUGAUCGCAACGGGAUACCCGCUUAUUGGGGUUGUGUUACCAAAGCUCCUACUAUUCGCGAAAUGGUCGAGCAAGUACGUACGACUUUGUCGUUAUUUUGCCUCAUUCCACAUUGUACUGUCUCAGUUCUAUCAAAACAUGACAGACCCAUAUUAUCUUCGAGCAGCUCUCAGGCGCCCCUCAGCAUCUGGUGCCGCUGCAUCUGUAUCAAUGAGUCCUCAAAAUUCACAAGCCGGUGGUUCUCAUGUGGGCAUGUCAUUGCCAAAUGGUUCCGUCAUAAAUUCUGGGCCGCCUAGCGGACCGCCUCUUCUGUCCGUUCCGAAUACAAUUGCACAGAAAGCUAAUUUCUGUAGUAUUGUAUCGGAUUAUAACGUAUCCGAACUCUCAAUGAAUUCUCCCUCUGAUAGCAAUCAACAAACAAUAACUACCAAUGUCACCACUACCCAAUCAAAUUCUCAGACGUAUGAUAUGGGCUAUACGAACCAUUUUUUCGAGAUUAACUUGUCGCUUGACCUUGAACGGCCAUGCAACGGAAACUUGGAUGCGUAUUUCAUCACUACUUCAAAUUUGGAGAACUUUAUCUUGCAACUAUUCAAAUGGAAAAACCAUCAUCUGAUUCCGCCUUUAUGGUCAAUAUUUACCACUAUCAAGACAAUGACUUUGGAAAAUAGAAAAGUUAGAAGUUUUGGAGUGACUUCAUCAGCGUCAAACUCCGUGUCCUCAAAUACUUCGCAACCUAUUAGCCCAACAUCAUCAAAUACUGUUAUCAACGAAAGUGUAUUUACAGGUCCUGAUUCUUCUGAUUGUAUGACAUUGAUAGCUCCUGCCGCUGAUGACUACAAUCAGUUGCACCUUAUGCCACUCAAACAGGCAACGGACUACAAAGUAUGCAUCAGCAACACUGGCCCAACACAAAUCACAUUUCAUAUCACCAACCUGUUCGAAGGCGAGCUUAUCGUAUUGGUCAAUGGCGUUAUUUGGUCCCAAGUUCUCUCUGCUAUAACAUCAGAAAAGAUGGGCGAGGAGUAUACCGUGGUAAGUGGGUUAGUUCCCUCUUGUUCGUAUGACAUUCAAUUUGUCAAUCGAUUCAAUGAGGGUGAGGAUUAUCUAAUUGCAGACAUGAUGGUUCGAACUUGCGCCAAAAUAGGCGAGAACAAAGAGCCGCUGGAUUUUAGUUUCCCCUCGUAUUAUCAUCGCAAGUUUUUGUCCCCAUUACUCACUCUAAAACACUCUGUCUUGACAACAAACACCAAUCUCGCAGAAGAACGCGCAAAAGUUAAGAAAACGAAAAAGGAAAUCUCCAAAAAGUUGAGUUCUCUGAGGCAAGAGAGUGACCACUUGAAAUCAAAGAUUGCUCAAAAUGCAAGUCAAGAUGAAAAGAGUGCGUUCAAAAUGGACAAUUUAAAGACAGUGCUUCAACAAAGUGAAGCUCAGCUUGCUGCAAUGGAGGACAAACUGAAAGGGCUACUCGAACAAGAGUUGCAAGUCGAAGAAGAACACUUGCAACAGAAGGACAAGCAUCUUCAGAACCAAAUGGAGUAUGGAAAGCUAAAAUCGAAGCUUGAAAAGGAAGCAGACGAAAACUCCGCGAAACUUGCUAAAUUGCAGCAAGAACUAUCUCAACUUACGUCUAAACGGGAAAAAGUUAAUGUCAAGCAGGAGAAACUGAAGAAAGAGGUGAGUCAGUAUACCGAGGACAUGGAGAACUUCAAAUCCCAAUUCUUGUCACAAAGACAACGCGAACGGCAACAGCGCGAGGAAAUGCGGAGCGUAGAGGCAAACGAGUAUGAGCUCAAGAUCAAGGGUCUUGAGCAAGACAUUAGCAGACUAGAGGGUGAGAAUGAAGCUAUGAAUAACAUUCUUCGUAAUUACUAA